AUGAUUGUUAUCGACAGGGAGGAGGGAAGCGACGGUCAAAAUAUGCUGACAGGACGCGGCUGCUAUGAUGAUCCCGGUGAUGGGGGCUUCAUUGCUCCCUCCAACCCCGACGGUUCCUACGACGAUGAGGGGUAUGACAGAUAUGUAGAAGAGGAUGACUACUUCUCAACAUCCAGAAACAGUAAGGUCGGCAAGCGCGGCUAUGUCACCCACGAUGCUUGUUGGCCACUCCUGGAGGAAGCCUUGUCUUCAGGCCCGGUUCCGCUCGACAGAGUGUUUCAAAUCCUAGAGUUUGACGAUGAUGAGUUUUUCCCCUGGGAAAUGACCAGCGGGAAGAAGCUGCGCGAUGAAGAGUUUCCACGCUCGCACGUAGACCCAUCUUUGGUUGAUGCUCGACAGAAGCGCAUAGCCGGAAAGGCAAGUUCAAAGCCUCAGGAUGCCGAACAAUGUACGUCAUCUCCUUGGAACAAGACGAUUGCCCCUGACGACUGCCGCUGGGUCAAAGUAGCAGGAGGCCAAAAACCCUUGUAUCAGCAGAGCAUUGCUGUUCCUGAAACUAUCUCAAAGGUGUCUGUUUCAAUUGUCAAAUUUGGCUCCCUUUGGCUACAUUUCAGGACUUCGACUUGGAGGCUCCAUCUCGUCAGCAUAGCUGCAGUCCCCAAAGACAACGUCAACACAUCGAACGACGAUGGCAGCAAUAACGAUAUAUCCAAUCCGGAUCGACCUCUCAAAGAUCUUGGCCUAUGGUACCCCCGAGUCCCGCCUGACUCUCUCAAACUCAACGCUGUCUUCCACCGAGCCAAGCAAUAUCUGCCGGGUUUCAACCCUGUCUUUUGGACACAUUUCGGUGGACCAAAAGGUGCUUAUCUGAAGCACUUGACCAGAAUAUCCUUUUAUGAUUAUGGCCGCUUCAUCUUCCAAUACGAUAGAGAUGACAUCCCGGAGCAAUGCAGUCAAUUUGGUCAGAAAGAGAAGUUGGAGCCGCGCUAUUCAACGAGUCUCCAUUUUGACAUUGACGGCCCUGGAGGUGAGCGGAUAAUCGCUGUGAAAAUCCGCCGUAAAUACUCGAAAAAUAUACCUAUGCGUAUUGAGGAAAUGGAUGAAGCAGAGGAUGAGGAAAUCGAAGAAACAGAGGACGAGGGAUUGGAUGAAGUAGAUAGAGUACGGGCAGUUGGCAUCUUUCAAAAUAACUACCAGCCGUAGAAGGAGUUGCCGCUUUGGCUUUUUUAGGCACGUGCCUAGCAAAUGGUAUGUUGAGACUUUCAAGGGGUCAAACUUGGUCGUGGAGAAGCCCAAGUUGAUCACGGGUUUCCAUGGGGAGCAAUGGGGCUUGGGGAUUGGGGCGCCCGGGGUUAUCACUGAAUAUGAAGGGGUAGUUAAUGCCCUCGAUUAAUCUUCUUCAAGCCUUUCGGCUAUCUUUCAAGGCCUUGAUCUUGUGCCGCAUUCUCUAUUCUUUUGUGUAUGGUGUGUCAGGUCAUCAUUGGAUAUAUCAGCGCUAUGUCUGGUCAAUCAUUCGCUCCCUCUGUUGCUGUGCUCCUUGUUUGCGGCCCAUCAGUGGCUGUCAGCGCUGGGAAGGUGCUUCCUGCCUUGUCAGCCCGAUUCUCAGCCCGAGUGAGGGGUAUGUUACCGAGAGCCUGCUUUCCUUGAAAUUUCUUGGUUCAUUUCUUUCUGAGCACAAUCAGGCUCCCGCAAUUCGUGGUUGACUCAGAAACUGUCAACCUCUGCCUCCACGCAUCGACCAUCGCAAACGACACCUGUCACGUGCAGCGCUAACAAGGACCCUGUUACCUCUAUCGGUCUGGUAUCGGCCAUCCUGUCAUUCGUCACGUUUGGUUCGAAGCUGGUCAAGGGCGGCAUCGAAAUACAUUGCGAGGGAAAUCUGUCGGAAAAUGCUACGCUGGAAGAUGUGAUCGCCAGGAUGGACUCCUUCCAGACACGUCUGUUCUCAGGUCUCUUCCUAGAGACGAGUCCUUAUCGGACAACGAAAAGGAUCUACGCCAUCUUACAGAGGACUGUCAUCGGAUUGCCAGUGACCUUCUACACCUUCUCAGAACCAUGAGACGACCAGACUCAAAGGGGCUGCAGGCUGCUUGGGGAACGAUAGCUGCGUUAUGGAGAAGCCUUAUCCACGGUAAAGAAAAAGCAGACUUGGAAGGACGGGCUGGACAAGUGCUAUGGUCAUCUCACUACGGUUUUAGUUUGGUCCACCAAGUUCAGCGUCGAUAGCAUUGCUUCAUCGGCUCAUGGUAAUUCGAGGAAACUACACCAGAUUCAGACAAGCAUUGACAAGCUGAGACAUGCUCAACAGGCUUCAGCAGCGUCGACACUGAUGCAAAUUCUCUUUCAUCACGCUUCCACACAAACGUCAUUGGAAAAAUGGGCGGGGCGUCGCACUCUUGUCAAGAUGCUGCCCUGAAAUGACGCCGGUCCUUCUCCCUGAAGCCUGGGAUGAAGUCAAGAGCGUUCCGCAGGAAACGAUGCUUUUCAAAUUGACGGUGCGACCGUCUUACGGGCUCUCAACCAAAUCUUUCAGGAUGCUCCGCAGAGCACCAAUUGCUUUUGCGUGUUCAUCGACGGCCUUGAUGAAUUCCAGGACCCAGAUGGGUAGGAUCAGUCCGACUUGGUCGACCUGCUCUACAAAUGGGCACCUGCAGGGCAGUCCAGUGUCAAAUUAUGUGUCGCAACUAGAGAUCAGACGGCCUUCUGCAACAAAUUUGCGCCGGAGCUCACGAUUCGUCCACACGAUCUUACGCGGUACGAUAUGGAACGAUUUGUGGAGGAAAGACUGCAAAAGGUUCCGGACGUUAAACUCAAACAAAAGUUGAUUCGGACUAUCCCUCA